UGCAACUUAUUUUUCUCUUGCAGAAGAUGAAGCCCAUCGUCCAAAGAAGGCGAUCUACACCUUCUGCCAUUACUAAAGCUCUUGGCAAGUCAAAACACCAUUCCAGGGAAACUACAGUCUCUUCUUCCCAUUCAGAUAAUGGGAUGCCAAGUGGGAUCUUUAGCAACCCAGGUUCCACUUUCAUCCUGGAUGAGCGAGUACAGCUAACCGUGGGCUUGCAGACUCAGGAGAGACAUUUGAUCUUGUUCAGUGAUAUGCUGAUCAUCGCCAAGUCCAAGUCUUCCUCCAGCCUGAAGUUCAAAAAGCAAGUUCAUCUGACUGAAGUGUGGACCGGCACCUGUCUCAGUGAAGUAACAGAGAAGAAGAUGAGUCCUGAGAAUUCAUUUGUUAUCGGCUGGCCUACCAUCAACUAUGUCGUCACCUUCAGCUCAGCUGAUGUGAAGAAACAAUGGCUGUCUGCAUUACUGUGGCAUAUCAGUGAAAUGAAACAGAAAGAAUAUCUGAAGAACCUAAACCUUCAGAUCUUUGUGCUGGAUGCUGAAAACUGUUCUUCUACCACCACAGUCAAUGUGUCCAAUGUGGAAACUGCAGAGAGUGUGAUGAAGAAGACACUUGUCCAGCUUGGACUUCCUGGUAGGACAAGUGACCAUCAUCUCUGGGUGAUCUCAGGAAAAGAUGACCCUGCUUACCCUCUCAUUGGGCAUGAGCAUCCGUUCAGCAUCGCAUUAAACUGUCUCCGGGACUCAGCUGACCAGCAACAAGGAACUCACGAUCAUACCCUCCUGCUUGAUGGGACAGAGGCAUCCUUUCUUGAGCAGCUCCCAAGGGAGAAACAAUGUCAGUUUGUCCUGAAACCCAGGCUCCAAGCUCCAGUGCAACUGAGAAGGGAGUCACUGCAGAAGCAUACCAAGAGGAAGAAGUCUUUGAUUGACUGGGCCCUGCGGCGCAGCACCAGCACACCCACAGACAGCCCUCCUUUGCAGUCGCCUACCACCCCACAGAAACUCUUCGGCAUGUCUCUGUCCUCUGUCUGUCCUGACGGGAUCCUUCCCAAGCCAAUCAUGGAUAUGCUGUUUCUGCUGUACCAUGAAGGUCCCUCUACUAGAGGCAUUUUCAGACGUUCUGCCAAUGCCAAGACUUGCAAGGAAUUGAAGGAGAAGCUAAACUCUGGAGACGAUGUCCAGGUGGAUGGAGAGUCGGUCUUUGUGGCUGCAGCUGUCAUCACGGAUUUUCUCCGAAAUAUACCUGACAGUGUUCUAUCCUCAGACAUGCACGGACUGUGGAUGGAAGCUGUGGAUACAGAAAAUCGAUUGAAUAAGAUUGAAACUAUCAAAAGCUUGGUCAAUCAGCUCCCAGAAGCCAACCUUGUCUUACUCAGACACCUCUUUGGAGUUCUUCAUCACAUUGAGCAGAAUUCCGUUGUGAAUCAGAUGAAUGCGUUUAACCUGGCUCUUUGCAUAGCACCCAAUAUGCUGUGGCUACCGAGUCCCACAGGGCCUGAGGAGGAAAGCAGGUCUACAAAGAAGGUAGCCAUGUUAGUACAGUUUCUGAUUGAAAACUCAGCAGAGAUUUUUGGAGGUGACAUUGUUUCUUUGUUUCAAAGACCGGACAAAAAUUCCACAAACUCGGAGAGAUCUCGGGGCAUGGCUCAGAAUGAUGACUCCUCUGAUGAGCUGGAAUUUUCUGCUUAUGACCUGGAAAGACCAAAGCAUCGCCUGAUGCCUAAAGCAGACGACGUUUUUGAAGCACCCAGUGGCUUGUUACUCGAUGAGGAGCAAGAAGACUGGGACUUGUUCAGUGAGAUCACAGCCUGUUACCAAAGCAAAACCCAGAAGAAUGCCAGUGCAGACAGCUAUGAGCUCCUAGAAGAGGAGGGUUCCUUCUGCUCCAUAGGCUCAAUACGCUCGCUUAGCCCAGCCAGGGACCGGUGCUCAUCAGAGCCCAGUGUCUGUCUUAGCUCCCAGCUUCCUGCUCAGAGCCAUGAGCCAGUGGCUCGCCAGUCUAGCUGUGAUGCCACCAUCAUGCACAAUCACACAGGCUACAUCCACAGACUCAAGCAACUGCAAGUGGAGAGCCAGAAGUUGAUUGAUGAAGGCCUUAGCACUGGGGCUAAUAAAGCCAGGCAGAAUCUGUGGCAUUCACCUCAGACCAGCUCUAAGGUAAAGAAGCUCAACUUUCAGAAAUCUAACCUGUCCAACAGGUCCAGCUUCUCUAGCCUGUCCUCAACCACUACAUCCCCAUCUGCGUCCUCACUUAGCUCCCUAGACAGUGCUUUCUCGUACUGUUCAGAGUCAUCAGCUGUUAGUCCUACAGAUGUCUCCUCCCUGUCGUUUAUGUUUGGCACAUCUGCCAGGCUUCAUGCUGUGUCUCCCAAGGUUGCCAAGAAGUCCCCAAAAGAGUGGCACAAGUCCUUCACCUCUCCUAUGCCUUUACAGCCAUGUGACCUAGACACUUUCUGUGACUAUGAACCCAAGGCUGUAGAGAGCAAACAUUGUUCUGGGGAGAGGAAAAGCUUUCCUUCUGGCAGCACAGCUGCAGCAGGGAGCCCUCUAACUGACACUGACUGGGAAAAGGAGGAGAGACAGCUGAGAUUUGUGGGGGUGCCUGACCUCAAGCUCCAAAGCCUGGAUUAUCCCAACGAGCUAGAACAAAAUUCUGAGUCUUCACCUGAUGACCCGGCCAGCAAGAAAUUCCUGCAGAUCAACCAGCAGCAACACAGGGAGAAGGUAGUGAAGCACAUUGAAAUCAGAAGUGUUGAUGCCUGCUCUCCAAGCCAGGAAGGCCUGAAGCGCACCAAGAUAACUUUUUACAUGGCCCCAAAUAAAGAAUAUUACUGGGGAUUGCCAGUGGAAGAGGAGAGGUCCUUGGCAAACACCAGCAGCAAUGAUUCACCCAGCAGCCCCAGUGAGCAAAGCACGUCUAAGGGCAUGCAGUCUGUGAGAGUCCAUAUCCCCCAGACAGUGUUUUAUGGGCAGAAUACCCCCCUUGUUUUGCAGUCUGUCUCCAGGCAGCUCCACUGUCAAUCAACAAUCCUGUCCUCACAAGCAAGGUACAAAGAGAACCUCCAACUUGCCUCCACUCCUAAGGAGUUGGAGAGCGAACCAGUGGAGGUACAGGUGCCAAACCCGAGCAAGGGUAUCAACACCUUCAGCCACACCAUCCGUAUCAUCCUCCCUGCUUCCGUUCAAAGCACCAUCAGGGAAUAUUUCAAACAUGAUGAAAACAAGACCUGUCCCAUGGCUGAGGCAGAAGCAGUGGAGAAUGAACUUCUUCGGAGCAGGAUGGAGUGGCUCAGGAGGCAGCCACUGUCAGAAAUGGCUACUGAGGACUGUGACGCAGUGGCGUUUGCAGAAGAGACAUUUGUCUAGGGAGACGGCUGUGAAAGGACUGAGUUUUGUGUGUGUAUGUGCAGCAGAAAAUAUUCUGAUCAAGAUGUGAAGAAUCUAGUGGGCUGUAUUGAGCAGUAAGUGUAAAAUGGCACUAAUGUGUAUGUAAUAUUGGGGUUUGCAGUUCAUUUGGGGUGGGGUGGGAGUGGUGUUCUUUUUGUUACAUUCUUUUUCUGCUUGAGAUACUUCACCAAAGGGUCUGCCACCAGACUGUCCCUGAAUUUGCUGAUCUUGGCAGAGGUC